AUGGAGUACGACAGACAGCGGUUCAUCCGGCUUUAUGAGAGCAUCUCACAUAUCAUCGGCAUCUUCUCCUCGGCUACACUAGAGCUCACUCUUAUUUGGCGCAGAGGGAUCGAGUGCCAGACGGGAGGUGAAAGUGCUAUCGCUUGCCGAGCCGGUUGGACCUUGGCUCACCGCUUUCGUCGUCGCCGGCUCUUCCGCCAGAUCAUGACGAAGCUCGACACAUCACUAUGGCACCGCCGGUGUCAAGAACGCGCGGACGCGAGACGACUUGCCCGACUCAUCGUGGACAAGAGCGUUGUGCUCGCGGAUCCGGAGGACGUGGGCGAGGCGGUGCGGCGACUGAAGGAAACGGUGGACGAUCUCCAGUGGAGGUUGUGA